AUGAACGUCGGUACACAUGUUAGUGAUGAUUGCGUAACAGAAUUCAACAAGCUCAAAUUGGGUAAAUAAUAUAGAUAUUUGACCUUCAAAUUAAACACUGAGACCAAUUAAAUUGUUGUUGAUCAAAUUGGACAAAGGGAUAGUACCUAUGCUGAAUUUGUUGGUCAUCUCUAAAACGAAUCAAGAUAUGCAGUUUAUGAUUAUCAAGCUGUAACUGAUGACGUUCCUCCAAGAUAAGUUGAGAAAUUAGUCUUCAUAUUUUGGUCUCCAGAUGCUAAUUAGCCUGUUAAAUAAAAGAUGUCAUAUGCUGCAGGAAAAGAGGCUUUAAAGAAGAAAUUGAAUGGUUUAUCAAAAGAAAUCUAAGCUAAUGACCCAUCUGAAGUAGAAGAAGCAGAAAUGCGUAAAUUAGUAUUGAAUUGAAUAAUGAACAUUAUUAAAUCAAUUUCAUAUUGCAUUCAAAUUACCCUUUCACA